ACUGUUGUUGUCAUUGCUGGCGAGACAAAAACAAUUAGCUGGGAAGUGCAAGUCAAUUGAGAGAGCCAUUUGAAGUGUAUUUAUUAAGUUUAGGCAUUUAGAUUAGUGCGAAUACUCAGCGGGGCGGCAAAAUGCAAAGCGUUCUCAACACCGUGAAAGGCACGGCGCUCAAUGUGGCCGAAUAUCUAACGCCCGUUUUGAAGGAAUCGAAAUUCCGUGAGACGGGCGUUCUCACUCCGGAGGAGUUUGUAGCCGCCGGAGAUCACUUGGUGCACCACUGUCCCACCUGGCAGUGGGCCGCCGGUGAUGAAAGCAAGACAAAACCCUACCUACCAAAGGAUAAGCAAUUCCUGAUAACGCGCAAUGUGCCGUGCUAUCGCCGCUGCAAGCAGAUGGAGUACGUCGGCGAGGAGACGCUGGUGGAGGAGGAGUCCGGCGAUGGCGGUUGGGUAGAGACCCAUCAGCUGAACGACGACGGCACCACCCAACUGGAGGACAAGAUCUGCGAACUGACAAUGGAGGAGGCUAAGGUGAAUGCGGGUGAAAAGGAUGAAAUGCACACUCCAGAUAGCGAUAAAUCAGCUCCGGGCGCCGUUGGAGCCGAGGCCGAUGACGAGGACGAUGACGAGGCCAUUGACAUGGACGACUUCGAGGAGAGCGGCAUGCUGGAGCUGGUCGAUCCGGCUGUGGCCACCACCACGCGCAAACCGGAGACGGAAGCGAAGGCCAGCCCAGCGGCAUCGACAUCCGCAUCGGGCGUGGCGGAGGCGGAGGCCAGCGGUGACUCAGUGCUGCACACACGCACCUACGACCUGCACAUCAGCUACGAUAAGUACUAUCAGACGCCACGCCUUUGGGUGGUGGGAUACGAUGAGCAGCGCAAGCCACUGACCGUGGAGCAGAUGUACGAGGAUGUGUCGCAGGACCACGCCAAGAAGACGGUCACCAUGGAGUCGCAUCCGCAUCUUCCGGGUCCCAACAUGGCCUCGGUGCACCCGUGCCGGCAUGCGGACAUAAUGAAGAAGAUUAUCCAAACGGUGGAGGAGGGCGGCGGUCAGCUGGGCGUGCAUUUAUACUUGAUCAUAUUCCUGAAGUUCGUUCAGACCGUCAUACCAACCAUCGAGUACGAUUUUACGCAAAACUUUAACAUGUCUUAAGACCUCCCGCCAUGCUUUUCACUAUUGACGCAAUGAAAUAUAACUGAUAGAAACGCAAGUUUGUAAACUAAAUUAAUCCAAUAAAGAUUUGAGCAGACAGCUAAAAACAUCGA